UCUCUGCUCAGUAAAGCUUCUUGAAGCAGCGGGCUGUGAUCACACUCGACCAGUGUUUCCGUGGCUCUUGCGGUGAAGGGUAAUCGCCAAGAAAUAUUUGCGAUUGGUUUCUUAUUCGGGAGUUAAUGACAAUUCAACAAACAGACAAGGAAUUAUCGUUCCGUUUUAUUCGCACAAGUGUCAUCAUUACUGCAGCGUUUCUCAAAACUAAUUGAAGUGCUGCUAUAUAGGGAUCACCUUCUGCAAUAUUGGUUUGAUCAUUAGGAAGCUUCUGCAUAGCAAACAAGAAAACACGUCGCAUCAGCAUUCCUGCAUUGUGGAAACCAGAGAAGACCAUAAUUGAUGAUUAAACGCAGAAAGUAAACCACCGUAAAAAGUGCAUGAAACAUUUGUUCCGUCUUGGAAUUACCUGACAGGCAUCCUUUCACUUUACUACAAAUCGUACACAACAGCUAUGUGAUGUAUUAAACUGCUAAAGAAAACCAAAAAACAUGGAUUCGAUCGCUUUUCCCGGUACCGACGAUGUUGAAAACACAACUUCCAUCCUUCCGGACAACACCACUAACACGAUCGUUAACAUUACGGAGAGCUAUGAGGAAGAAUUCAGUCUUCAUAUGUUCGCCAUUUUUGUACCCCUUGCCUGGGGCAUCCUCACCUUAGUCGCCGCCUUAGGUAACGCUGUCGUUAUCUAUACCCUAAUUCGUCAUGGAGACAAAAAUGCUACAAACUACUUUGUGAUCAACUUGGCCAUCUCGGACUUCGCCUUUGUCGUAAUUGUGGUGCCAUUCACAGCAACGUUGUAUGUACUGCCUGAGUGGAUAUUUGGAGAUGGCAUGUGCAAGAUUACCAUGUAUAUGAUCUACGUGACGCUACAUGCGACGUGUCUUACGUUGAUGGCGAUGACGAUAGACCGCUACUGCGCAAUCGUGUACGCCAUAAAGUCUCGCAACUGGCGCACCACGACAGCCUCAAUGGUCGUCUGCAUGAUUGUCUGGCUAGCAUCAAUCAUCAUUUCACUGCCGUUCGCCAUCUACUUCCGGACAACGGUCCAAAUAGGAGGUUAUAUUUACUGCGAGGAUGUAUGGCCGGAGCCGAAGCAGGUGUACGGCAAGGCGUCCAUUACACUCGUGGUGCUCACUACAUACGUUGUGCCCCUAACGGUUAUCAUAUACUGCUACGCUAAGAUACUGCAAACGCUUUGGAGAAACAAGAUGGCGCAUGGGACGCAGUCAAAUGGGAUCACGUCCAAAAAGACACAAUUACAAGACAAGAGGCGAAAACGCGUCACCAAGCUGGUGGCGUCUGUCGUUAUCGUGUUUGCUGUAUCCUGGCUUCCUAUCCAUAUUCUUAACAUCUGGUUUAAGUACGACCCUCUUUUUCCGCGAACACCGACCAUGUACGUCAUGAAAAUCGUUUCUCACACAUUAUCGUACUCUAACUCGUGCGUGAAUCCGUUUGUAUACGCCUUCCUUAGCGACGGGUUUCGUAAGGCUUUCCGCAAGACUUUCCCUUCCAUUGCAAAUCGAUACCGGAUUUGCGGCGGUCCAGUGGAUGACUGCGUUACACAAGUGGGUUUAGUUGAUAGGACUGAGCACAACUCAAAGUCUACAAUGACAACCGUUUUAAACAAUCACCAAGAGGAGAGAAAGCUGAUGCAGACGGACUUAUGAGGCAUUUCACUACAAUUAAAUACGCCGAACGCCUCUGGAUGACUGCCCAUGAAUUCCUAUAUAUCUCACAGUUUUUUUACACGAUUCAAUAUAACUGUUUUAGCCAGAUGACGAAUGGACAUAUAUACUUACUUAAAAAUCGAAGAGAGUUUGCUAUACCAGGCAACCUAGCCUUCAAUUCAAAUACAAUAUGUUUAAUACACUAUAAAAGGUUGAAAACAUAAUUAUUUAUAAUGGUUUACUUUAGUACUACUUAAACUCACGUUAUUUUCUGACAUCAGUAAAGGGAAAAAAACACAUUUAUUUGUUGAUGUACAUGAUCGUUUGGUGAAAGUCAUACUACAAUUGUAUUUGGAUGAUUUUUAUGGGUCAUUUUAAUAAUUGUUCGCUUAAGCAUUGCCAUAAAUUUCCGAAAAAUCGUAUCAAAAUCGCUUAAUAUAAUUAUAGCUUGCGUAUGUUAACUUAUACCAUCAUACCAUCAUGUGCGGUACUUUUGUAUAAAGUCAUCUGAUAAUUUGAAACAAAUGUCGACUUCAUAGAAAAAAACAUGUGCUUCUGCAUGGAUCUGUUCUUCUGAGAGUGUGUGAAAUUAUUGUGGUGUUACUAUUUUUGCUUAAAUGCGCAUCGAAGACAUCAAGUUUAUAUGACUUAUUCUCGGAAUUGCAGGUGGUUUAAUUUUGCAGUCCCUAACGAAUGAAUUGUAUAUCAAAGCUUCAUAAUUCCCUGUCCUUUUGAUUGUUAUGAUAUACCUAUACCAAAACGAAAGUAUUUUUGUUGCUGCAUUAUCUUGACUUAUGUUAUAGUAGUUGUCAUUGUUUUGGGAAAUCAUGUUUGUAUGAACAUUUGCAUAUUGUCUUUCUUCGAUAAAAAAAUAAACAGUGAAAUAGAUGGCACCCGGUAGAAAAGUGUUAAAAGUCAUGACAGUAAGGUAAAUUUAUAUUAAUAUUUUAUUACAAAAAGAAUUAAGUUACAUAAGUAGCAAAUAAAACGCACAUGAAUCGAUGAAAAUGAACAACGGCUAAGAUGCAGUUCACAUCGCAGAAAACAAUGUUCCAAGUGUGUACCACAAACCAAAACGUGCACACGCUUAAUAUUACUUUAAGGGCUUAUAUGCUUUACGUAUAGCAGGAUACACAUAUACAAGGAAUAUACAUAUUUUCAUCAAUAUUCCCAUCUUAAACUCAUCUUAAUACUUUCUCUGCACAAAUUUUCUUUACGCACAAUAUCAUUACAAUUUCAAAACGUGAUAAUAUUUGUGUAUUUUCCCCAAUAUAACUUUUUCGGAAACGACUCGCAACACAUCGAGGAAAUUGUGAACAAGCUUUGUCCCAAUGAGACGUUUAUAACUGCAACAUCAGACCUCAAAAUGAAGUGUCAACAAGACAAAUGUGGCCAGUUCCUUUUAUGAGGACUUAUCAAAAAACAAUUUCAAAUGUCUUGCUAUGUUUGUGAAAUUAAUAUCUUCUGUUAUAUGUAGUCUUUGUUUUGAAAGUCAAUAUUAUUAUGUUAAUGCGUUGUGUAUGAUUCCAUUGAAAAUAGUUGUUAUAUAUGUGAGAUUAUAUAAUAUUGCUUAAAUGUUAGCGGCAUUAUAUUGGAAUGACGUCCUAAUGAUCCCCAUUUUGCGACGGAAACUAAACAAUGUUUAAAAAUGAAUGACAUUCAUGUCAUAUAAUUUCUUCAUAUGACAAUUAUUAACAAUAAAUUAUGUUUCUUUUUCAAAUGUUGCCUAUGAUUCAUUAACAAGCACUGAUCGUGAUUUAUACUAGGAAGACUGACAAUAACACCCCCGAUAUAGGUUCUCUUUUUUUCUUUCUUUUUUCUCUGCAAGGACACGUCCAAUAGUCCUAGUUAAAUCAUAAACCCUUUUUUAUUGUUGUUUUAUUUUUAAACAAUAAACUAAUUAUGGAUUAUUUUAUAUUAUUUUAUAUAAGUCCUUUCAUGCACAAACUAUUACAAUCGCUUAUCACUUCGCAUGCAUGCAUUAAACAAUCGUGUACAAAUUACUACAUGUUGUUUUGUGUACAUGGAAUUUGACAACAUGGUGGAAUAGAGUAGUAUUUGUUUUAUUCAAACAAUAUCAUGUUUAUUGCCAUAAAUGCUUUAACUAUAACUUGUUACUGUCGUUUAAACCUUAUUGAAUUAUAAUAAAGUUAU